AUGUAUUUUGCAUUUAUCUAUCUAUCUAUCUAUCUAUCUAUCUAUCUCAGUCUGUUUCUGUCCCCACUCUCUCUUUAUCUAUCUAUUUCAGUCUAUUUCUAUCUAUCUAUCUAUCUAUCUCAGUCUGUUUCUGUCCCCACUCUCUCUUUAUCUAUCUAUUUCAGUCUAUUUCUAUCUAUCUAUCUAUCUAUCUAUCUAUCUAUCUAUCGCAAUCUGUUUCUGUCACCACUCUCUCUUUAUAUAUCUAUUUACGUCUGUUUCUAUCUAUCUAUAUAUCUAUCUUUAAAUACGCCCCCUAAUUUCGUUGGUAUGUUUCGGGAAGAAAGGAAACUGACGGAUAUCAUAUAUUCCAAAAAGAACCCACGCCAAUGUCAGCUUAUCAAAAGAAAUUGCUAUUUCUUUCUCCUUUUUUUAUUACUUUCUUUUCUUUCUUCUUUUUUGUUCCUUCAUUUUUUUUCUUUUCUUUUUCUUGUUACUCUUUCUUUCUUUUUCUUUUUUUUUUUUUUUUUUUUUGUUUCUCUUUCAGAUUUUGCCUUACUGGCUACUAUUUCUUUUUCUCUCUUGUCUCCUUUUCCUUUCUCUAUCCAGUCUUCCCUUGCUUCUUUUAACUUUCUUUUGUUUUCGCCUUUUUUCAGAUUACCUUUUUUUCUUCUUUCAGUUAUUCCUACCUUUCUAUUCUGUUAUUCAUUCAUUUAUUCAUUCAUUCACAUAUCCAUUCUUUCCUCUUUCCUUUCCUUAUACUUUAAGUCAUUCUUAUUUUUUUCUUUUAUAUUAUUCAUUCAGGUAUUUUUUUUUUUUACUUCCUUCCUUCGUUGCUUUUAUACAACUUUUUUUUUAAUUUUAUUUUCUCAUUAUUUACUUUCACAGUUUAUUUGUGUCUCCCUCUUCUCUCUCCUUCUCUCUCCUUUUUUUCUCUCUCUUUUCAGCUUGCCCCACCCCAUAUCAGUUCCGAAAUUGCUUCCCGUUGACAAAACUGUCCCAAAAUCCGAAUAUAAAUGA